AUGCCCAAAGAUACAGGAAAGGUCGGUUUGGCUCACAAUGCCAAAAAGAUCGCCACCAUGCAUGGCUUGUUGACAGUCGACGAACAAAGCCUGGAACAAGCGCUGCGCGCAUCCGCAAGGACAAUUGCUCCAACUCCAAUCGGCAAAGAUCGCAACGCACUCUACGCGUCCCACAAGCACCAAAUCCUGACCCAAUUUCAGGGCAAAUGGAACUGGUCUAAGGCGUCACAAAACUGGACUGAGAGCUCAAUUGCCAAGGUGCUCUCGAACUACCUNUUUGACUACAACAAGAAGCUGGGUGUAACCAAGACCGUGUCCAAGAAGAAGGUAGCAAAGAAAAUCGAUUCUUCAAAGCCAAAUCCCAGCGAGCCGACGCACGUAGUGCCUUACCUCAACGAAGACAGCCUCGUCAUACGCACCCGGGGACGUCCUCGCAAUCCUUUCAGCUUCGGAUCGGUCAACAAAAGAACACCAUCGCCCCGUGAUCAGCUCGUCAAAGGGCUUUCGGAGUCACCAUUCGAUAAGCCCACAAACCCCAGAAUCGACUCGGUACUCCCAUCUACUGAGCACAGUCCAAUAGAGUCUGAGGACCUAGAGCCCAUACCAAAGCUGGCUGAGACGAUCUUGGUUAUCAGACCGAGUUCCUCAGAUCCCUGGAACCGCAAGAUCGUUUCAUUCCCACUAUGGCGCUGUCAGAUUGCUGUGAAUGGAAAGGAUGCACCCCCAGAGUCGCUUGAGGAUUGGCGUGAUCUAUCAUACGCCGACUUUCUGCGUCAGCUCAAAGCCGAACAAGUGCUCGCUUCAGAGGAGAUGAUUGUUUGGGGACAGUUCGACCAAGUCAUCACCAGCGACCUGACCUUUGCGGGUGCCAUUCAGGAACAAAUUCAGGCGGCUCCGGACAACGGCUUGGCUCCUAACGAGGCUACAUUCAUGGUUGUUAGCAGUAAGUCUGUUGCUCUAAGUCCGGAAAUGUUAAUUGCUAAUAUCUGGUCAGAGUACAAGAUGACCGAGUAA